CCCUGGUGUGUCCCGGCGCCUCCCCGCUUUGUCCUGCGGGCCCGGUGUGCCCGGGACCUGCAGCCGCCGCCCCCGGGGCAGGUGACCGCUUGGGAGGACGAGCCGAGUCCACGGGGAGCUAAGUGGCUGCGGGUCGGUCAAUGUCGGAGCAAUCGCCUUGAAGAAAGCCACCCACCCCAGAGCCUAUGCACCUCUGAGAGCAGCUGGCGCUGUGCCCGCUCCGACACCUGCACCUGAACCGAAGAUAUCCCGCGCUUGGAAUCUGCUCCACACUGUGAUAGCUCGUGUAACCUUUUCCCCCCUAAUUCCCAGCCUUUAAUGUACCAUUUUUAGCGUGAACUUUCAUUUCCCGUUCCCAAAAAUUUGUCUGGGGACAUGUACGCUCUGACAAGGAGAUGAACCUCGAAGUUCCUCGAACCUCCAAGGCUUCCCUGAGCCUUGGAACCUGCAUCUCCACCUCUGAGAUUUAUCUUUUUGGGGAUUGACACUGGCCCAGACCCGAUGAACACCUAAUUCCCACAUGCUGAAUUAACUCCAGGAUUUGCAAUCACAGACUGGUUUGGGUUCAAAGGCACCUUUACAAGUCUAACCUCUGCCAUGGGCAGUGAUACCUUCAGUGAUCAUGCUAAGCUGAACAUAGGCACCUGCAACACCACCGAUAAUCAAUCCUGUGUGCUUCCCGCCUGGCCUCUCCUGGUAUUUAAGAGGAAUUAGGGCUUCCCUCACUCCUUCCUUCAGUUUUUAUCCCACAGCCUUGCCAGGGGUGCAGGCCCCAGCACCCCUCUCCCAUUCCGUCCACUGAGACGUGGGGAGACAGCCAGCGGUGGUGAGUGCACGGCCAAGAACCGGAGAUGUGGGAGACACGAUCUCGAAUCGUGGGAGAUCACGGCCUCGAGCCGGGCACACAGCGGCCAAAAAGUCGUGAAAAAUACGCUUGGAAGGCACGAACGAUGGAAAAGUUACCUUUUAAUUCCGUUUUUCAUGUUGGAAAGGCUACUAAAAAAUGUUACAGCCACUUUGAAGCCGCUUCCAAUCUAAGCCAUGUGAAGAGGCCGGCCUCAGGGGGACCCGAACAAAGAGCCAGGAGACAGAAUCUGUGUGCGGGAGCCUCUGGGGAAUGGUUCCGGCGGGACGCAGUGCCCGGGCGGCGCGGGGUGGCGGCUCCGGCUCCCCGGGAAGCCGCGGUGAGCUUCAUCCUCCAGAAACCCCCGAGCCCCGGGCAGCUCGCAGCUCCGUACGGAACGCGCGAGCUCUGCAGAGGGCAGGAACCGGAGCACAUUCCCUGCUCCCAGCUCCUCCCCGGAGCUGACAUGUCCAAUGUCGUUCCCUUCUGGUCUCUGCGCGGGAUUUUCAACAGCCGCGGCGGCUCCGCCGGGCCGGGCCCUGCAUCGGCGGCUCCUCUCCGCCGAGCUCCGCGGGCUCCGGGCCGGGAGGUGGGAGCCACAAGCGCUUUGUGUCUUUUUAACCUUUUCUGUGUAUGUUUUCGGUGUUCUUCCCCCUUCUGCUACAUGCGGUCUUCAGAGGGUUUCUUUUGUGUUGCUUUUCCCCCUCCGCUUUUCUGCCGAGGGUGUUUGUGGGGGGAGACGGGGAUGCAGCAGCCCCGGGGGGGCUGUGACGGGCCGGGCCGAGCCCGGGUCCCUUCUCAAGGGCUGCCUCAGGACAAGGCAUCCUGCAUUCCAGGUCAGCUAAAGGGAGAACGCAUGGGCCCAGGGAGAAGGGAAAUCGGUGCCUUGGCGGAGCACCAUAGGGCUGAACCGCCCAUGGCUGUAAAGCACGAAGUGUUGAGAAGGUACCCAAGGUCCCACCCAUGCGUUGUCCCCUCCAAGGGGAGCAGAGGGUGACACAAGUGCCCAGUAGUGCCAAAGGAAGACAAAACACAAGUGCCAUGGUCAGGCUGAGGUAAUAAAUACUUCUAUUCAUGGAGAACAA